GUGUGUGCCUAUGGGCCUGGCCUGAAGGGGGGCUUUGUGGGCAAACCGGCUCCUUUCACCAUUGACACCAAAGGAGCCGGGACAGGCGGGCUGGGCUUGACCGUAGAGGGUCCCUGCGAAGCCAAGAUCGAGUGCCAGGACAAUGGCGACGGCUCCUGCUCAGUCUCCUACUUGCCCACUGAGCCCGGCGAAUACAGCAUCAACAUCCUCUUCGCCGACGCUCACAUCCCGGGCUCCCCCUUCAAGGCGGACAUCAAGCCCGUCUUCGACCCGACCAAGGUGACGGCCAGCGGGCCUGGUCUGGAGCGUGGCAAGGUGGGUGAGGUGGCCACCUUCACCGUGGACUGCUCCAAGGCGGGCGACGCCGAGCUGACCAUCGAGAUCAUCUCCGAUUCGGGCGUCAAAGCCGAGGUGCUGAUCCAGAACAACAGCGACGGCACCUAUAGCAUCACGUACAUUCCUUCCUUCCCGGGCACUUACACCAUCACCAUCAAAUACGGCGGGCACCAUGUGCCCAAAUUCCCGGCCCGGGUCAACGUGGAUCCUGCCGUGGACACCAGCAACGUCAAAGUUUUUGGGCCUGGCGUGGAACCUCGAGGGGUCCUGCGUGAGGUCACCACGGACUUCACGGUGGAUGCUCGCUCUCUCACCCAAACGGGGGGCACCCACAUCCAAGUGCGGGUCAUUAACCCUUCGGGGGCCAAGACGGACACCUACAUCACCGACAACGGGGACGGCACCUACCGGGUCCAGUACACCCCCUUUGAGGAUGGUAAGUCUCCCCUUAAAGCUCCCCCUCCCACUUCUGCCCUCUCCCACAACCUUUGA